AGAAAGAAGACAUAAUUUUCAAGAUACUAGCAAAUAUUUCAGCAGUUUAUACAACCCAAUUGUAAAAUUUGCUUAUUAAAAAUGGCAAUGCUAAGAACAUUAUUGAGCUUGGCAGCCAUAUCCAUGGUGUUUGGUUCAGCCAUGGCUGCAAAUCACACAGUGGGAGGUAAUAGUGGAUGGAGACAGGGCGCGGAUUAUAAAACAUGGGCUGCAUCCGAAACUUUCUUAGUUGGUGAUAAUUUGAUAUUUUCCUAUGGUCUAAGCCAUGAUGUGCUUGAAGUUACAAAAGCUAAUUAUGAUUCUUGCGAGACAACAAAUGCAAUAUCAACAAAUGCUGGUGGGAUGACAGUCAUUACUCUAUCUUCUCUAGGCAAGAGAUAUUUCAUAUGUGGAACAGGUGGACAUUGUGCCUCGGGAAUGAAACUUGAAGUCAAUACAAUUGCCACAGCUUCUCCACCAUCUGCAGCCGCACCACCAGUUCCGCCACCAGCAUCUACACCUUCCACCACCCCAGUUGUCAGUUCCCCUACUAAAUCCCCUGCUUCAUCACCAUCUCCCAAAUCUUCACCGCCGUCGCCAAAACUUGCACCUAAAAUUUCCCCUGCUAAAUCCCCUACAACGUCCCCUACAAAAUCACCUGUUAGUAGUCCAUCAUCUCCUACUAUUGAGGCUCCUGCAUUGCCUCCUUCUGGUGCUUCUGUUCCGACGCCAUCUCCCCCAUCAUCGGCUAAUAAAAUCGGAGUCAUUGCUGGUUCUACAAUGGGAUUUGGCUUUGUUGUUAUGAUGGCGUUCAUUAUUUAAGCCUUUAUACGAAAUCUAUAAUCCGGGUUGUCCCUUUUUUUAAAUUGUUUCAAUUCUAUUUUGUAUCAUGAUUUUCCUCAAUCUUGUGUAUCAUGAGCAUAUUCAGUAUAUAGUGAGUACAUGGAUGUGCAAUUCGUGACAGAGUA